AUGGCUGUCACCAAACGAGCUGGAAGACGAGCUCAAGGAGGCACUCAACCGGCUAAGGGAGCGCAAGGAGUCAAAAAGGCGACCUUCGAGUCUGGAAAGAAGCGAGAGGUUGGAGUGUCCGACCUCACGUUGCUGUCCAAGGUCAGCGAGGAAGCCAUCAACGAGAACUUGAAGAAGCGAUUCGAGAACGGAACAAUCUACACCUACAUUGGUCAUGUGCUUAUCUCGGUGAACCCCUUCAGAGACCUGGGUAUUUAUACAGAUGCCGUGCUGGAGUCUUACAAGGGAAAGAACCGUCUUGAGGUACCUCCCCACGUCUUCUCCAUCGCCGAAUCCAUGUACUACAACAUGAAGUCGUACUCGGAGAAUCAGUGUGUCAUCAUUUCUGGAGAGUCAGGAGCCGGAAAGACCGAGGCCUCCAAGCGAAUCAUGCAGUACAUUGCCUCUGCCUCAGGAGGUUCCUCCUCCAACAUUCAGAAGAUCAAGGACAUGGUGCUCGCUACCAACCCUCUUCUGGAAGCUUUUGGAUGUGCCAAGACGCUGCGAAACGACAACUCUUCCCGUCAUGGAAAGUACCUUGAGAUUCAGUUCAACAACCAGGCAGAGCCCGUCGGAGCAAAUAUCACCAACUAUCUGCUGGAGAAGGGCCGAGUCGUUGGCCAGAUUCGUAACGAGCGAAACUUUCACAUUUUCUACCAGUUUGCCAAGGCAGCCUCCGAGAACUACCGAAGCACCUUUGGUAUCCAGCCGCCUGAGGCAUACACCUACACUUCUGCUUCCGGCUGCACUUCUGUUAACGGAAUUAACGAUGAGGCCGAGUUCAAGGAGACUCUAGCUGCGAUGAACCUCAUUGGUCUUACACAAGCAGAGCAGGAUAAUCUUUUCAAGCUUCUUGCCGCCAUUUUGUGGAUCGGAAACAUGUCCUUUGUUGAGGAUAAGGACGGAAAUGCCGCCAUUGCUGAUGUUUCUGUUCCCAACUUCGUGGCCUACCUCCUGGAGGUAGAUGCCGAGUCGGUUGUCAAAGCUGUGACCCAACGAAUUAUGGAGACCUCCCGAGGAGGCCGACGAGGAUCGGUCUACGAGGUGGCUCUGAAUAUUGCCCAGGCCACCUCGGUCAGAGAUGCUCUUGCUAAGGGUAUCUACAAUAACCUGUUCGACUGGAUUGUCGAGCGAGUCAACCAGAGUCUGCGAGCCCCCCAGGAUGCUGCUCGAACCAUUGGUAUUCUGGAUAUCUACGGUUUUGAGAUUUUCGAGUCCAAUUCUUUCGAGCAGAUCUGUAUCAACUACGUCAACGAGAAACUGCAGCAGAUUUUCAUCCAGCUGACCCUCAAGACCGAGCAGGAUGAGUACGUCCGAGAGCAGAUUGCAUGGACCCCCAUCAACUACUUCAACAACAAGAUUGUGUGUGAUCUUAUUGAGGAGAAGCGACCUCCUGGAAUCUUCGCUGCUCUCAACGAUGCAUGCGCCACCGCGCACGCAGAUCCCAACGCCGCAGAUGAGAACUUCAUCCAGCGAAUGUCCAUGGUGGGCCAGAACCCCCAUUUCGAGCAGCGACAGCGAAAGUUUGUCAUCAAGCAUUACGCUGGUGAUGUGACUUAUGAUGUCAAGGGUAUCACAGACAAGAACAAGGAUCAGCUUCUCAAGGAUAUUCUGAUUCUGUUGCAGAAGUCUGGAAACCCUUUCUUGGUGUCUCUAUUCCCGGAUCCGGUCAACACUGACAACCGAAGACGACCUCCCACUGCUUCGGACAAGAUCAAGAAGUCUGCCAACGACCUGGUGACCACCCUUUCGGCCGCCCAGCCCUCAUACAUUCGUACGAUCAAGCCCAACCAGAACAGAUCUCCUACCGAGUACGACGAGAAGGCAGUUCUGCAUCAGGUCAAAUAUCUUGGUCUGCAGGAAAACGUUCGAAUUCGACGAGCUGGUUUCGCGUACCGACAGACCUUUGAGAAAUUUGUGGAGCGAUUCAUGCUUCUCUCCGGAAAGACCUCGUAUGCCGGUGACUACAUCUGGCAGGGAUCUGCCUAUGAUGCCACCCUGUGCAUUCUGCGAGAUGCGGGUAUCCCUCAGACCGAGUACCAGAUGGGCACCACAAAGGUGUUCAUCAAGACCCCUGAGACUCUGUUUGCUUUAGAGCACAUGAGAGACAUGUGGUGGCAUAACAUGGCUGCUCGAAUCCAACGAGCAUGGCGACGAUACCUCGCCUACAAGACCGAGUGCGCCAUCAAGAUCCAGCGAUUCUGGCGUCUUAAGCGAGGUUUGGAUGGCCUCAAGGAGAUUCAAUUCCGAGACUCUGGUCACAAGCUUCUGGGCGGCCGAAAGGAACGACGAACUUACUCUCUUAUCGGCUACCGUCGUUUCCAGGGAGACUAUCUUGGCUGCAACAACGGCAGUGGCUUUGGAGAUUUCCUCAUGAAGCAGAUUGGUGUCACUGACAAGGUCUUCUUCUCGUGCCGAGGCCAGCUGCAGCAGUCUCGACUUGGACGAUCUUCGGUCCGUGUGCCCCGAACUUUCAUUCUCACUAAGAACAACUUCUACGUUGUUGCGCAGCAGAUUCACCAGAAGCAGCUGGUGGUGACCAAUGAGUACACCAUUCCCGUACGAAAUAUCACCCACAUGUCCAUGUCUAACCUGCGAGACGAUUGGUUUUGUCUCAACCAGGCUUCUUCUCCCUAUGGAGACCAGCUGAUGUGGUGUGUAUUCAAGACGGAGCUGGCAGUGCAACUUCGAGUCGUCAAGCCGGGUGUCGACAUUCGAAUCGGUCCCCAGAUUGACUACUUUAAGAAGCAGGGCAAGAAAGCCUCUGUCAAGUUCCAGAAGACCACCACCCUGCAGACGAAGUUUGACAUGUACAAGAGUGGAUCCGUCCAGGUUCCUCCUGGAGCCCCUCCCAACAGUGUUAGCAAGGAGACUCCUCGAGGCCGAGCAAAGGGAUCUCGAGGUGGUGCUCCCUCUCGGCCUGCUGCUCGAGGCAACGCUGCACACACCCCUACUCCUGGCGCUGCUGCGCUCGGAUACCAGCAGCACCAGCCUGGUUCUGCUCAGCCCGCUUCUCCCCGAGCUCGAAAGGCACCCCCACCUGCUCCCAACUCUCGAGGAAAUGGCCAUGCUGAGUCUGCCCAGCCGCAGGCCUACAAUAACCUGCAACCCCAUUAUCAGUCGUUGGUUAACCCUCGAUCCGGACAAGGGCAACAGCAGCAGCAGCAUCACCAGGCUUACCAGCAACCCACUGCCGCUCAACCCGCAGCCACUUCAUAUAGCCCUGCUCCCGCAAAGGCUGCCCCCCCACCUCCUCCUCCUGCUCCCCCGGCAGCCCCUGCCGCCCCUGCCGAGCCAACUUACAAGGCUCUGUAUGACUACGUGGCCAACGGACUCAACCAGCUGUCCAUUUCUGCCGGUGAACAGGUUCUCAUUUCUGUGAAGGAGGAUCAGGGAUGGUGGUUGGCCAAGAGAAUGGACGGCUCCGAAGAGGGAUGGACCCCCGCAGCCUACUUGGAGGAGGUCCAGGGUGGCGCUGCAGCUCCUCCCCCCGCUGCUCCAACUGCUGGAGGUGCGUCUGCUGGAGCCUCUCUGGCUGAGGCUCUCAAGCAGAAGCAACAGUCCAAUCAGACUCUUGGUGCCGGUAUUGCUGACGCCAUCAAGGCUCGAACUGGGCGACCUGCUGACGAUGAUGAUGAUGACUGGUAA